AUGACCGUCCUUGAAACCGAUCUUAGCCUCUACUCCGGGAUCGCCAGUGUUGCCGCCUCCCCUUUCCUCAUGGAGAAGAUUGAGGCCAGCCGUGCUGUGUGCAAGGCACUUUCUCAGUGCCUGAAGCUGUACGUCCAGCCGGGAUCGGCUGCCUGA